CACUGUCUACGGCUAAUCGCGGACAGUAGUCCCCAACCGAGCGCAUGAAUUCAAAGUUCACACAAACGAUAACGCUGAUAAGGCGACGACGAACAUAUGUCUUUCAUAAAUAAAUCAGAGAACGCGUAAAACAAAAGAAGAUCGGUCGUGUUUUAUAAGUGAUGGGUGUUAAAAGUAAUUCGAUAUUGCAAGUGGUGUCGGGAUGGCAGGCAGUGCAGUUAUUUUUUGAUUGUAUCUAUUUGGGUCUGUGGCAGUUAAUCCAACUAGCAAUAAAAAGGUUAUGGAAAGGACAUAAAAGGAAAAUGUCUAAUAGUGCACCGCCGGUAGAACUAACAGUAGACUCCUCGAUUGGAAUUCAUUGUUAUAUUAAAAUUAUGGGGGUAAAAUAUCAUUACGUGGAAACAGGUCCAAAAUCUGGUCAAUUAAUCCUAAUCCUGGGAGAUGCCCCAGACACCGGCAACCUAUGGGUACCAACGUGGUCUUCAGCGGUGCGGAGGCUUGCUGAAAACGGAUACCACGUCAUAACCCUGGACCUUCGAGGGUCUGGGGGCAGUGAGACUGGAAACAGACGCGAUCUUACUCCACCAAAGGCUGUUGGGGAAUUGGCAGCUUUGUUGAAAGCUCUGGGCGUGUCUGAGACCUACCCAGCCAUUGUAAUUGGCUUUGGAAUUGGUGGAAUGCUGACAUGGUACUUUGUGCACUGCUAUGGGUCAAUUGUCAGUAAAUUCAUAGUUGCCGACGCACCACACCCAAAUCUGUACUGGCUACAUGCCCCAGCAGCAUUCUGUCAUCGUUCUUUACACUUUAUUCAGUGGCCACAUUUCCCCGAAAGAUGGUUGGCGGAGGGUGAAAUUAAAAAUAACACAAAAUGGGCCAGUUCACGAGCAAGAGAUUGGAGCGGUGCGCUUAACUACGUGAGAGGUGCUGCUUGGUAUCGUAUUCACCCUGACCACAAAGUUCAGCCGCGGGGCUUGCUGAUCGGUGGUAAAGACAGCGCAGCUCAAUUAGUGGCUAGUGCUCAGCAUUGCAAUGGUCCCGCGUUUCGACUGGUCACAAAACCAGAACCAGGGGAUAAGGACGUACCAAUGCACGUUUUGGACUUUAUCGUUGGUAAGAAGAAACAAGUAGAGGAAAUACCUCGGGGGCUGGUCACGCGAAUGCUAGAAGCUGUGGCCGACCGAGGAAGAGAAUUCACCGCCCGUUUGGCACUUCCAGCUAACGCAUAGGUUUUCUUAAA